AUGGUCUCGGAGUCCCAGCGUCGGCCCACGGUGCGGGUGAGCGAGAUGCUCGCUGAAAUUGCUAUCCGCUACAAUUACGAGGAGCUUAAAGCCGCCACGAGGGACUGGAGCAAGGGACGCCAGCUGGGCAGUGGCUCAUAUGGUGCUGUUUUCAAAGGGGAGAUGGAGGAUGGCUCCGAAGUCGCCAUUAAGAUGAUCGAUCUCGGUGCGUUGGGCGCUGCCGGGCAGACAGAGGAUAUGGCUGGUUUCGAGGAGGAGGUGAAGAAUUUGAGCAAGUUUCGCCACCCGAACCUCGUGACUCUCAUCGGCUGGGGGAAGCACGAACAGUUCCGCUACCUGGUCUACGAGCUCAUGACCGGGGGCGAUGUCUACGACCGUAUUCAGAAGAGCCGCAGGCGUGACAAUCCCACGCCUUUCAUCUGGUAUGAGCGGAUAAGCGCACUGCUAGACGCGGCGUCGGGCCUCUCACACAUGCACAACUCCAAGCCGAAAGCCUUUCAUCGCGACAUCAAAGCCGCCAACAUCCUCUUAGAUCGGCCUUGA